UCCGUCCUGCAUUGUCUCGUGCUUGGUGCUGGUGUUGGGGUCUGCGGCUUCUGGGAAGUGAUACGCAAUCGAGGCGGCUGCAUGUGAUACACAGCGGCAUCGUAGGACCGCGGCUCAGUUGUUGAGUGUGAUCGCCCGGUGUUGGACGCAUUUUUUCGAUCAUGAACCCUAAUCGCCGCUUUGUAGCUGUGCUGGUGUUGGUCAGCUGCGCCGCUUUCGCCCUGGGACAGGCACCUCCCGACGACGACGACUUUAUGUUCGAGCCGGAAGGCUCGGGCUAUGGGCUGGCCGGCCACUUCGGCCUCCACAACGUCACGGCGGCGCCCGCCACCAGCCGCGCCGCCGCGCCCGACCACCACGAGGCGUCCGGCAGCGGACUGUACGCCGACGACGAGGACGAGGACGCCUACGGCGCCUACGAGGACUACGACUACCACCUCGACGACGAUUACUAUGACGGCGAGGAGAGCAGCCGCGACCUCUUCGACACAGUCCUAGGCUCGGAUGGUGACUCGUCCAAGCAUCCGGACCACGUGCACGAGGACCCGGUGCACCACGAGGACCGGGUGCACAAUGUUGGUGUGGUGCACGCGCUGCCGCCGGCCGCGCGGCCCACGGAGGAGACGGUGCCUCGCCGCAAGCAGGAGCCCGUUUUCGGCUCGGAGGUGCGGCCGCCGGCGCAGACGCCGGCGCCGGACGACACGUUCCUCGACUACAUGGAGGAGCACGACAACGGCAUCACCAUCCCGCCGGACGUCACGCUGACGGCCUACGUCGACAACGCCAUCGAGGACGAUACCGUGCACGGCCGGCCGGCGUCUGGCAGCCUGGACGGCAUGGGCGCCAAGGCUGUGGACCGGCACACCUCCUUCUUCGCGCAGCCCGGCAUCCUGGCAGCCGUGGUGGGAGGCGCCGUGGUCGGUCUGCUCUGCGCCAUUCUGCUCGUCAUGCUCAUCGUCUACCGGAUGCGGAAGAAGGACGAGGGCUCGUACCCGCUGGACGAGCCCAAACGCUCACUCACCGGCAACACCUACUCCAAAAACUACAACAAGGAGUUCUAUGCGUAGGGGCGUGCGCGCGCGAUCGCUGUGUUCCACUGUUGUCUGUGUGGGAGUAAAGGAGUGCGUGAGAUGAGGAGUGUGACGGCUGCGCCGGCCCACGGUCGGUCGGCCGCCGCUGUGAGGGUGCGCUCAGUCAGGACAAGCCACUGACGCGAGACGCAGUUCGUGUCUGGACCACCCAAAUGUAUUUUGUACGUAAUUGGGUGACGAAAUAUCGGGCCGGGAAGAUUAUUUUGUAGAGGCACGUACGGAGGAUUCCAUGCAGCUAACUGCUUUUAUCUACCCGCCAUGACCAUUCACAUGUUUCGGUGUUGAACGCCGACGACUGCCCGUUGCGUGGUUCGCUGCGUCGCUGACAUGCAGCGCCACCUGCGAUACUACUUGCGCAGCAAUCCGCUGCGCGUCGCUAGUGGUGUCCGAGCACGCUCUCGUUCCUAUUUUAGCCGUCAGACCCGGCGCUGUGUGUGUUGAAAUAGGCGAGACGGGCGCGCUCGGGCGUGAGGAGCCGCCAGGCCGCGGUGAUGGGAGCCCUGCCGGGACGGCAGCGCUGGGCCGGCGGUGUCCGGCCGAGGGUCACAAGCAGGGCGUGUUCAGAGACGGGACGGGCUGCGCGAACCGACCGACGCUCGCACCACUGUGCCAUACGGGAUGGCCGUGCUCGCCACCACGCUGUGUAGCCCUGCACCGCAUUGCCCGCGCGUCCUGGCGCCGAUUUUUGAGCGGACUGAUGAGCUCUGGCGGCCAAAGUGUUCUGAGAGAUUAUUCGCUGUAAUCAUCGCGUAGUGCUUACGUCGAGAGACGGGAGAUUAUGACUUGUAACGCUUCUUCCCUAGGUUGUAUGAUUUUUCGGAGGCAGGGUUUUACACGUUAGUACAACGACUGGAUGCCCGCGCUCUGUUAACAUAGGAAGUGCGGUGACUGUUGAUGUAUGGUUGGUCGUCGCCUUGCACUGCUAGCCGAAUUCACUGUCAUCAACCCUAGCUAUAAUACACUGUUUCUACAGAACUGAUGGCAAAUAAAGAUUCAUUAAUUA